UACCUAAAUAAACUUACUUAAAGGAAAGCAGAAUUCGUUACGGCCUGACUAGUUGUCAUCAGCCCUUACAAACCCAACAAGAAGAGACACUCCCUUACCACCAUUAACAACUUUACCGAAAAAAACAGACCAAAAUAGUGAGAUCAGCAAGAAAAAAAGGAUGGAGGCAGAGCUGCCGACUGACUAUGAUGUCAUUGUGUUAGGCACAGGACUUGUGGAGUGUAUAGUGGCAGCAGCCUCAGCACGGGUUGGCAAAAAAGUCCUGCACAUUGAUAAAAAUGACUACUAUGGUGGCCAAUGGGCAUCAUUCACUCUGAAAGGACUUGAGCAGUGGGUUGAAGAGAACUCAUCAGCAGCACAGCAAGAAACUGCUAAAGAGGAGCAAGAAGCCAAAGGAGGAGAGAUGCUUGUACGCACUUCUGAUCCACGACAAGUCUACUCAAAAGUAAAACUUGGCUGGCACCUGCAGAAUGCUAAGACACCUGAAGCAACACCAAUAGACAUUAACAGUGACAGUGUUGGGAGCCAACGUUGUAUGGGAGAAGAUGAAAGCACAGAUAUCAAUAAGGAAAGUCAAGCAAAACUUGAAACUAAAGAUGAAGCCCAACACUGUAGAACAUGGUCACAAGAUGAUGUGAGGGACCUUUCAAGGAAAUUUAAUCUGGAUCUUGCCCCUAAACUGUUGUAUUCACGUGGAUCUUUAGUUGAACUUCUCAUCUCUUCCAAUGUUGCAAGGUAUGCAGAGUUCAAGUGCAUCACUCGUGUCCUUACCUGGGUGGCAUCUAGGGAGGGUGAGGGUAAUUUGUUGGUGGUCCCAUGUACCCGCAGCGACGUCUUCACUGCAGACACUAUCUCACUCAUAGAAAAAAGACUCCUUAUGAAAUUUUUAGAGUUUUGUCACAGCUAUGAAGAGAAUCCUGAGCAGCUAGAAGAAUAUGCAGACAAGCUAUUUGUUGACUUCCUAAAGUCCCGCAAGCUCACUGACAAUCUGAUUCAUUUUGUUAUGGAAUCUAUCGCCAUGGUAUCAAGAGAAGUUUCAUGCAGAGAAGGAUUAGAGAGGAUGAAGUUGUUCCUCACAAGUUUGGGGCGCUAUGGGGCAACACCUUUCCUCUUCUCUAUGUAUGGGUGUGGGGAACUUCCUCAGGCUUUCUGCAGGUUAUGUGCAGUGUUUGAAGGGACUUACAUCCUACGACGGCCAGUGUCAUCCCUUAUAAUUGAUUCUGAGAACAAGUGCCUUGGUGUAAUGUCUGAAGGGCAACGCCUACAUUGUUCCCACUUAGUGAUGGACGCUUCGUAUGUGCCUGAGAGAUACUCUGGCAUUGGCAGUUCAGCAGCUCAGAAGAGUAUAUCUCGAGGCAUAUUUAUUACUGAUAGGUCUAUCUUGUCAAGCGAUAAAGAACAGCUUACUCUACUGCGACUCCCAGAAAAAGAUGGCAACCCUCAGCCAGUCACCAUCAUUGAAGUUGGGGCUGGUUCUGGCAUUUGUCCAAAAAAUCUGUACUGUGUUCAUAUGAUCUGCAAUGGCUCAGAUGCUCAGGAAGACUUGAAGGUUGCUGUCCAGCGGCUUUUUGGUGAAGAUGAAGACAAACCUCAUGUUCUCCUGCAUUUAUAUUUCAACUUGGCUGAUUUAUCUGGUUGUGAUUUAUUGAGUGGUGCCCCAACCAAUGUACACCUCUGUUGUGGACCAGAUGCUGAGCUUGACUAUGACUCUGCUAUUGACCAGGCCAAGAAUGCAUUUUUAAUGAUGUUCCCAGAGGAGGAGUUCUUACCCCGUGCACCUGAUCCAGAUGAAAUUGUAUUUGACAAUGCAGGAGCAGAACCUAAGACAGGAGAUAAUUUUGAUAGUACUACAUUUGAUAAACAAGAUAGUGCUGAAGUUGCAGGGAAGAAAAAUAUGAACGGAGAAAAAGCAUUAGAUGAACCCACAGCAGCAAGCAAUAGCUGAGAGGAAGGGCUGGUAAAAAAAAAAAAAAAAAACAUGGAAGAAAUCUUUGUUUAAAGGGCAUACUUAUAAAAGUUUACACUGUGAUCCUUUCUCCAGGUUGAAAAAAUCUAGUGUUUUUUAUAUCUUGAAGAAUGGUAGCAAUAAGCAAUGUUAUCUAGUAGCAUAACAAUUCAGAAUUUUUAUGCAUUUAAACUCCAUGCCUGCUUUUCCCUUUACAUGCAUCUUUUAUGACCUGGUGGCUAUACUGCAGUAUUUAGCAAAACAGGAUGGGAAUCUGUAUGACAUACUCAUUCAAUGCCAUUUUAUUUGUAUAACGACAAAAUUCUAAUUUUUGCCUCCUCUUUGCUUUGACUGCUAUAGCCUCAAAUCACCCAGUUGAUUAUUUAAUUAUAUUCACUGAAGUACUAAAUCUGGGGGUCAUACAGCACCUGUGGAAAUAGGAGAUAAUCAGAUGUGAUAUAAAGAAGGACGCUCCAGUUCUCUAGAUCAAGAACCUAUCAGCAACAUCUAGGAGCUUUCUUCCUCUUCCCCUUCCCCUGCUACCUUUUUUAAACAUUCUGCACCCAUAACUACCAAUACAUUAUCACAUACAGGUAGCUAAAGUUGUGUAAUAUGCCAGCUCUUCUGUAUUGGCCUGAUGCAUUUGAGGCCAUUGUAUCAAUACAAUAGACCCUCAAUAUAACAGAUUAAUAGGGGAAGUGUUCAAAUGUCCAUUAAAUCAGAAUGUUAAAAAAAAUACCAGUAAAAUGCACUAAAGUUACUAAAUGUAAGAAGAUGAAACACUUUUGUUUCUUCUUUAUUGGAUCACCCUUCCUUGGUGGAAGACAGCCAGUGUGUUAAAAAAUGCACUUGAGUACUCUACUACAUACCUGACAUAGUACUGUAAUGAACAUUGAAAAUAAAGUUAAAAGUAGUUUACCCAGUGGAUUUUGCUCAUAAUUUUAAAAGUCUAUUAUAUUGAGGGUUUAGUAUAUAUACAGUACUUAAAAAUAUAUUUUAGGAUUAUGUACACAAUACAAAUAAUUUUAUCUAAAUAAUAUGUAUGCAGUAUUUACUUUGCUUAAUUUCUUAGCAGUGCAACAUUUAGUAAUUAAGUAUGCUCUUAAAUAUAAAUGUUUGAGCAUUCCAUAUUAAAGGAGAUGUAAGAAGUCAGUAUAUGUAAUAAAAUUAUCUUUAAGUUAACCAAUUCCACUUUAGAAA